AUGGCAAGGUCGAAAUGGAUAUCCUUUGGUGCCCAGCAGUCUCUGGACCGCGCAGCAGCCAAAGCUGCUGCAGUUACUACCGCUUUACCACUGACAUCUUCAGCGGAUGCGAAGAAGUUUGGCCUGGAGAAUUUCGGCAACACUUGCUAUGCGAAUUCAGUUUUGCAAGCACUAUAUUUCUGCACUCCAUUUCGUGACCUCCUUCUGCAAGAUUUUGAAGCCUUGCAGACCCAGGAUAGUUCUGUGGCGACACCCCCGGGGACCAGUAAGCCUCCGUCUACAUCAUUCGCUCCCGUUCGACGGAAGCCCGAGCGCAAGGCUUCGACCUCCGGCCACAUAGCCGACCCUUCUGGAUCGACAUCCCAACAAGUCUCUGCCUAUCCUAUACCCUCUUCAUCUCCUACUCUCUUCUCUGCACUACAGUCACUCUUUCUCAACAUUUCCACGAACCCUGGCGACAAGGGCACAGUGUCGCCACGCGCCUUUAUCGACAAGUUGAAGGAACUUAAUGAUAUCUUCCGCUCAACUAUGCAUCAGGACGCGCAUGAAUUUCUGAAUUAUCUGCUUAAUAAGAUCGUUGAGGAGAUAGAGCAGGAGAAGAAACAGACGCAGGCGACCGCAAACGGGGAUGAUUGUUCGCGGACACCUCCUACCGUUUUAACCGCCGCUAGUUCUAGUUCCGGAACUCAUCCCCAAGACGCCACCCUCGUUCACAAGCUCUUUGAAGGCAUUCUUACGAGCGAAACACGCUGUCUGACCUGCGAAACUGUAUCAUCUCGGGACGAAUCAUUUCUUGACUUGUCCAUCGAUAUCGAGCAGAAUUCUAGUGUUACCGCAUGCCUCCGACAAUUCAGCGCAAGUGAGAUGCUAUGCCAAAGGAACAAAUUCUUUUGCGAUUCAUGUUGCGACCUGCAAGAAGCAGAGAAAAGGAUGAAAAUCAAGAAACUACCCAAUGUACUGGCACUGCAUUUAAAGCGCUUCAAAUACCAAGAAGAUGUUGGAAAAUACAUUAAGCUUGCUUACCGAGUUGCUUUCCCCUUUGAACUUCGAUUAUUUAACACUGUAGACGAUAUCGACGACGCCGACCGAUUGUAUAAUUUGUUUGCUAUUGUAGUUCAUAUCGGAAAUGGACCUCAUCACGGACAUUAUAUUUCUAUAAUCAAAACCGCAGGAACCUGGCUCGUCUUUGAUGACGACAAUGUAUAUUCAAUACCAGAAGGUGAUAUCCCAAAGUACUUUGGGGACUCCAACUCAGGUUCUGCGUAUGUACUUUAUUAUCAAGCGGAGGAUAUUGAUUUGGCUGGCCUUGGACUCCGCACACCUGAAACAACACUUCCACUAGAGGUACCCGCAAUUCCAUUGUCGCAGUCGCAAGAAUCACCUACUCAGUAUCGUCGAUCACCUCCUCUACCCCCUGGCCUCAGCACAGUACCCAUUUCCGACGGAGAUGCCGACGCCGUGCAAUCACCCCCUCCAAUUCCACCACCUAUGCCGAUCCCACCCACUCCAUCAGCUCCCCCGCCGGAAAAACCUUCAUUGACGCCAGUCGUCAUUUCGGACCCUCCAUCAACCGAUUCUUCUUCACUACCAGGGUCCUUACCCCCUGUGACCACAUCACCUAUGGCUUCCACUGGAUUUGGCAACAAACUACUCAACUCAAUCCGUCGGGCGCCGUCUAUAUCUACCUCACGUGGGACAAUCGGGAGCGCGACCAGCUCACCUGUACAUCCUGGCGAGACACGCCGCUCCGCCGCUGACAAGUCUCCAGGGCCAUCGACUUCGACUUUGUCGUUUGUAACGCCUCUAGAUAUCUCAACACAUGAGUUACCCCCACCUUUUCCACCUAAUGUGCUUAAUCAAUCUCAAUCUCCUAUGGAUACUACACCAAUAAUUAUACCUCAAGUUAAUGAACCGAAAGUGGAGCAGCAAAAAGUGAAGGAAAGGGAGAAAGAUAACGAGAAGGAGAAGGACAAAGAAAAAGAGAGAGAGAAACAAAAACCACCCCGCAAGUGGUUCAGACGACAAAGCGUCAAGACGGUGGAUAAGUCGGGGGUGGAUAACUCUCCAAUGCCUGACGUCCCGUCAACUCCUGUACAUCCUCAAGAAAAUUCCCAUUCAAAUUGGUUAAAACACCCUUCAUCUUCUGUUAACCCCUCUUCUCCCCGGCCACAACGACAGCCGUCUGAAAACGGAAGUUCUACGGUAUAUUCAGAGACUUCGACACUUUACCCCAACUCGUCAAAACUUGCACCAACGCUUGUUCCAUUAAGAAGACAAGAUCGAAUGAAUGGCCAUGACGAAUUUCACCCGCCUGCGUCAACUUCAUCCUCUCCAAGCUCAAAUUCGUUUUUGAGCCAAUUACAACCAUCUGUCACGGGUCAUACUACACGGCCGUCAACAUCAUCUACCACCACAUCAGGACCGCAGGAAUACUCAUCUUCACCUGUGCGUAAGCUGCCUGUUACUCCAUCUGAUCGGCCACGGGCCAGCGUCGAGCGAAAACGAAGCCUUGAUCUCAAUGCACUCUCUACGGCUGGUCCGGGUUCGAUUUCUGCAACAUUUACUCCCUCUCAGACUGCACAAUACAAAGACCGACCAGCGGUGCCACCACCUAGAUUCAACUCGCAUCGCGCUAAUGCGAGCAACGGCAAUAUCUUCGUCGCCGAACCAGAGAGUUUCGUGAAAGGCAAGUUCCGUUCCACGGAGUUUGAGGGCGGUUCUGCAAGCCCGACCGGACCUGGGUUCAAGCCAGCAACGCAGAAAUCGCUGCCGCCCGUGUCGCUGGCUUCCGCCGUGGGCGCUAAUAACAGCAUGAGUAGUACCAACUCGGCUAGUUCGAAUUUCAAACGUACGACGCGCAAGCUGAGUCUAACGGCGCCUAUGCUCGGGUUUGGGAAGCGGGAUAAAGACAAGGAGAAGGAACGAGAAAAGGAGAGGUUGCGCGAGAGGGACAGGGCGUCGCCGAACGGAAUGAACAGAGUUUGA